CCUACCCUCGCCGCGUCCCCAGUUUCCCUGGUAGUUCAGCGGCUCCGUGCUGCCUCCCGACCCGGUCACCUCCCCCCCACAGAUCGGAACACACAGACAGCCCCCCCCCCCCCCCUCCUCUCAGACGCGGUGCGCCUCGGACGCGCUCCUCUCACUUCGGGAUGGACUCGUCUCCUUGUGUUCACCUCCCGCUCCGCCUGUGACGCCGCUGUAGUUCCGCUUGGAGCUGGGAGUUCGCGUGGAAGGAGCAGCUCCACUGUGGUUCUUCUGGUUUGUGUUUGGAUCGGACCUUCGGCUGCACUCUCAGCCCCGGGCUGCAGCUCCGAGAUGGGAAUGUAUCUGCCGCUGCUGCUGUUGCAGUGUUAUCUCCUGACGAGCUUCGUGUGCAGCGCCGUCGCCUUCGUGGAGGAGCCCUCCGGAGGCAGGUCGGACGGGUACUGCGGGCGGAUCCUCCGGGCGCAGACCCAGGGGACCCGGCGGGAUGGACACCACGAGUUCAGGCUCCGGGUGGAGCGGGACCCGGAGACCUACGAGCCGGGCACCACCUACAGAGUCGUGCUCCUGGCAGCCAGCCCGAACUACUUCCGAGGCUUCACCCUCAUCGCCCUGAAGGAGGGCCGAGAGGGCACCACGGACGACGACUACACCGGGCAGUUCCAGAUCAUCGAUGAGGACGACACACAGUUCAUGAGCAACUGCCCCCCCGCGGUGACGGAGAGCACGCCCCGCAGACGCACCAGGAUCCAGGUGUUCUGGACAGCGCCACCUACUGGGACCGGCUGCGUUAUACUAAAGGCCAGCAUCGUCCAGAAGAGAAUCAUCUAUUUCCAGGAAGAGGGCUCGCUCACCAUUCGGCUUUGUGAGAAAGAGCGCCUGUUGGGUGAAGCCACUGAAGCUCCGGCCAUGGAGUGCUGUGCCUGCGGAACAGCCAAGUACAGGCUCACCUUCUUUGGCAACUGGUCGGAGAAAGUGCAUCCGAAGGACUACCCGAGACGGGCCAACCACUGGUCGGCUCUGAUUGGUGCGUCCCACUCCAGGAGCUACGUGCUGUGGGAGUACGGAGGCUACGCCAGCGAGGGCGUCCGGCAGGUGGCUGAGCUCGGAUCCCCCAUCAAGAUGGAAGAGGAGAUUCGACAAAAGGGAGAUGAGGUACUGACUGUCAUUAAGACGAAGGCUCAGUGGCCGGCAUGGCAGCCGCUCAACCUGCGAGCAGCUCCGUCGGCAGAGUUCUCCGUGGACCGCUCCCGGCACCUGAUGUCCUUCCUCACCAUGCUGGGGCCCAGUCCGGACUGGAACGUGGGGCUGUCGGGGGAGGACCUCUGCACCAAGGAGUGUGGCUGGGUGCAGCGGCUGGAGACGGAGCUCAUCCCCUGGGACGCCGGCACUGACGGAGGAGUCUCAUACGAGUCGCCAAACAAGCCGUCGAUCCCCCAGCAGAAGAUCCGACCCCUGACCAGCUUGGACCAUCCCCAGAGCCCGUUCUACGACCCCGAGGGGGGGGCAAUCACCCCUCUAGCCAGACUGGUGGUGGAACGCAUCGCUCGGAAGGGGGAACAGUGUAACGUGGUCCCGGACACCAUCGACGACAUAGUGGCUGAUAUCGGACAGGAGGAGAAGGAGGAAGACGACACUCCGGAGACGUGCAUCUACUCGGGCUGGUCUCCGUGGUCGGCGUGCAGCAGCGCCACGUGUGAGAAAGGCCGCCGGAUGAGGCAGAGGAUGCUGAAGGCUCAGCUGGACCUCAGCGUGCCGUGUCCACACACUCAGGACUUCCAGCCGUGCAUGGGCCCGGGCUGCAGCCUGGAGGAGCCGUCCACGUGCAUGAUGUCGGAGUGGAUCAGCUGGUCGGCCUGCAGCGUGUCCUGUGGGAUGGGGAUGAGGUCCAGAGAGCGAUACGUCAAACAGUAUCCGGAGGACGGCUCGCUCUGCCAGCUCCACACCGAGGAGACGGACAAGUGCGUGGUCAACGAUGAAUGCUCUCCCAGCAGCUGUGUGGUGACCGAGUGGGCGGAGUGGGACCCCUGCAGCGCCACCUGUGGGAUCGGCAUGAGGAGACGUGAGCGCAUGGUGAAGAUGCCUCCGAUAGACGGAUCCAUGUGUAAAACCGAGGUGGCUGAGGUGGAGAAGUGCAUGAUGCCAGAGUGCCACACCAUCCCGUGCAUGAUGUCCCCCUGGUCGGACUGGAGCGGCUGCAGUGUGACGUGUGGCCGAGGCGUUCGAACCCGUCAGAGGAUGAUGAAGUCUGAUCCCGCAGAGUGCAGGGAGGAGCUGGAGCAGACGGAGAAGUGCAUGUUGCCCGAGUGUCCCCAGGACUGCAUGGUGUCCGAUUGGUCCGAGUGGUCCGAGUGCAACAAGUCCUGCGGUAAAGGUCACACCAUCCGAACCCGCAUGGUCAAACUGGAGCCGCAGUUCGGAGGCAGCGCCUGUCCCGAGAGCAUCCAGAGGAAGAAGUGCAAGAUCAGGAAGUGCGGACAAAAAAAACAAAGGAGGAGAGAGGAGGAGGAGGAGGAGGAGGAGGAGGAGGAGGAGGAGGAGGAGGAGGUGCAUCAACUCCCUUCCCUUCGUGUUCCCACUGUUCCCACAGGUUGCAGGAUGCAGCCGUGGACCAGCUGGUCGGACUGUUCCAAACCGUGCGGAGGGGGGAUCCAGGAACACUUCAUGAUGCCGAAGAAAAGAACAAAGGGCGCUGUGGUGUCCAGCUGUAAGGACCGGAAGGAGAUCCGUGCCUGUAACGUUCAUCCCUGCUAGGGGGCACUACUGAGCUCACAGAGGAGUUGAAUACUCGAGAUAUGAUGAUGAUGAUGAUGAUGGGGGGGAGAGAAGAAGAGAAGGAGUGUGAGGGAGGAGGUGAAGACAGAGAACAGGAUGAUGCUGUUUAGUGAAGCCAUUGUAGACAGUUAGUGAACAGGGCUUUUUACUUUAGACCACGACGGGAGACUGGAGUCUGAGUCCUGCAAAAAAAAAACUAAAACCAUCUGAACCGGAAACUGAGGAGAAGAAUCCACUUCAGUGAUUCUCACUUUCAUUUUGACUCACAGGGACAGAAUGAGGCUCAAUCCGAGGUUUUCCUGGGAACUCACAUCAAACUCUGCUCAUGUUGUCACAGUGACUUUAGGUUUUUAAGAUAUACUGAUGCUUUUCUUCAGUUUCUUGUUCCUCACGUGUGUUCACAAGGUUUUCAGUGAAUCUAAAAGUUCUGCAAAGUUUAAAAAGGCCCAAAGGUUAGAGCAUGAAAACCUUUUAACUCCAAUUAAAAAGAACAUGAAUAUGAGCAGAAUAUGUCUCUUUAAGCUCCUCAGCCACUGGAUCAGCUUACUGGUUUUAAAUUUAGUUUUAAAAAUUUCAUGUAAAAAUAAGAAAAAUAAAAAACAAUCCUGGAAAAUGAAACCAAACCAAACAGAACAUUUAGAUUCUUCUGCAGGACCUAGACCCCGGUGUCUCCUCACUCUUAUGGAUGUACUGUAUAUCUUCUAUCUAACCAACACUUAUAAAUGACACUUGUACGUAAUUUACGAAAAACUCUUUCCCUAAUUAAACAGACUCAUUUAAAUGGAGAUGUUUUAUACUGUUGAACUUAGUCUUUAUAUCCUGUGCUGCUGUGUCUCUGUGGUUUCAGCUGAUGUAGCUUUAAACCUGCGAUAGAAGAUCUUACGUUAGCAUGUGUGGAAUGAAAACAGAUUAUUCUUCAGUUAGAUGUUGUGAAACAGAGACGUGUCUGUAUCGAGCACCAACAGACCAUAAUGUGUCUGUGGGACAGAUCAGUACAGACGGCUGUCACCAGGGCCUUGCUUCAAACACACAUCACGUUCAUGUGUUGUUUUGUUUUUACUCACGUUCACCAUCAGGAUCUGUUGAAUCUGUUUUUAUCAUGAACACUCAUCAGGUCAUAUCGUAGUUUGUUUCAUCAGGAAGAUUCUCUGUAGAUGUUUUUCUUUCAUUCUCUCACUUUUCACUUCUCCUCUUUCUGUUGUUCCUUUGCUUCUGUAUCAUGUGACUAUUUUGUAAGAAACCACCUUUACAAUAAAAACGAUGUAAAUGUGA